UAAAUUAUUAUUUGCAAAUUUGAUCGAACAAGAAUACGUGAUGAAGAAGAAUCUGCUUGGAAAGUUUAAAUUAAAGAAGCACGUAGCCAUACAAAACGUGCUCUGAACCCAAUAUUAUAAUGUUAAGACAACUGUGGUCAAAGGUGUACACGCAGAGAUCGAUUAUCGCAUUAUUUAUUAUAAAAAAUAUAAAGUGCAAAAAGUGAAUUCAAUAUUUAAUUAAGGAUUAUGAAAAAAGUAUGGCACCGAAAACUGUAACGAGACAGGAUUUAUUACAUCACAUUCCCGAAGAUAAAUAUCUUUUUAGGGAAUGUGUUAAUUACGAGAAUGAGAUACAAUCUUUAAUCAAGAUAAACCAUUAUGAUGAGCUCUUGCCGAAGAAUGAUCCUCAAUUCUUGGCUCCGAUUAGAAGGUGGGAGAAGAAAAUGGGAUUUGAAACGCCUAUUCAAUGGAUAAAUGCAAUAUUAAUUUCAAUAUAUCACAUAAUUGGAGUCGUGUGGUGUACUGUUCACUUCUUUAGUCCAUAUAGAUGUAAAUGGCAAUCUGUACUUUUUACAAUACUAGUGGGUCAAUUAGGAGGGUUUGGUAUAACAGGUGGCGCUCAUCGAUAUUGGACCCAUCGCGCAUUUAAAGCAAAGUUACCGCUGCAAAUUAUAAUGAUGAUUGCCUUCUCAGUCGCCGGUCAGAACAAUAUUUAUAAUUGGGUCCGUGACCACCGCGUUCAUCACAAGAUGUCGGAAACUUCAGCAGACCCGCACGAUGUGCGCCGCGGAUUCUUCUUCUCUCACGUUGGAUGGUUGAUGAUGAAGAAACACCCAGAUGUCAUAUUAGCGGGGAAAAAGAUCGAUAUGAGCGACAUUAUGAACGAUCCGGUAGCAAAAUUUCAUAUGAAGUAUUUUAAUAUUCUCAAGCUGAUGUGCUGUUUCAUUCUGCCCACGAUUACUACGGUUUACAUAUUUGGUGAAUCGUGGUCUGUUGCGAUUUUAAUUCAAUGCUUUAUACGAUAUUUAUUGAAUCUUCACUUCACUUGGGCAGUUAAUAGUUUUGCUCACAUUUGGGGUCACAAGCCGUACAACAAAUUAAUCAAACCAACUGAAAACUGGUACGUAUCUAUGGUUGCAAUGGGCGAAGGCUGGCACAACUUCCAUCACACAUUUCCCUGGGAUUAUAAAGCUGCGGAAUUUUCAUAUUUUCUCAAUACGACUACUUUAAUAAUCGAUGCAUUUGCAUUAUUUGGCUGGGCUUAUGACAUGAAAGUUGCUUCAUCGAAUGUGAUAGACGCAGUUUCUAGAAAACAAGGCGAAAGAUAUCAAUAAAUUACCAAAAGAAUACUGUGA